AUGUCCAAAGCCACGGGGAGCGCACGGCAAGCGGGGGAGAACCGCGAUGGAAACGAAAACUGCUCUGCUGUCCCCCGCAAGAGGCUCGAUGGCACCUGCCUGACAGGGAGACGGGGCUCGCAGCCCGCCCGGCAUCACAUCCUGCAAACCAUCGGGAACUCGACGGACUCGACCGCUCAGCCCUCAGGGGAGGGGCUCCUCGGGGAUGGCCCCGUUGGGGCGUGGGGAGCCCCGAAACACCAACCCCCGGCCAGCCCGUCCUGUGCCAACUCCCGGCCGGGCAGCGCCGGUUCAGCUCCGAGAUCCGGAGGGGCCGAGGGCAGCGGCGGCUUUCCCUGGGAAUCGCCCCCGAUCCGGCGAUGCCGAAGCGACCAGCGCCUGGGGCAAAGAGUCCCCCGGGGCCACGAGCCCCGCAACUCCCCCGGGCCCGGCCCGGCCCCGCCGCCUUUGUGCCGCCCGAGCGGCAGGGGCGGAGGAGCCCGGGGGGUUUCGGCGGGGCCGAUCCGGCCUCGCACCGCCGGGACCGCGCGGGGUAACGGCGGCCCGGCCCGGCCCGGCCCGGCCCGGCCCACCCGCCGCCGAGCCCGCCGUGCCCUCCCGGCGCUUCCCCGCCGCCGCGGGAAGUUCCCGGUGGCCCCGCGUACCCCCCGCCCCCCCCCCAAAGCCCGGGGCGGCGGCACCUGCUCCCGGCCCGGCGGAGUUCCCGAGGGCGGAGGGACGAGCCGGCGCCGCGAGGACCGCGCGUGGACUCACCGGGAGGCUGCCGCAGGCCCCGGGGGGGAGAAAUCCAGCGGCGGGAGCGCCGCGAGUCCCGAGCUCCGCGCUGCUGCUGCGUCAGCGCCGCCGCCUCCUCGGCUGCGGGAUGGGGACGAGGCGGACCGCCGCCGCCCGCCCCUGGCCGCGGGGCGUCGCGGAGCGGGCGGGCGGAGGCCGGAGCGGGCGGCGGAGGGGCCGGGAGGGGCGGAGGAGGGGGCGGAGGAGGGACCGGAGGAGGGACCGGGGGCGCCGCCGCCGCCGCCGCCGUCGCCGCGAACUCCCCGCAAGCCGCGAGCGCCUCCGGCCUCCUUCCUGCUUCCUCGUCCGCAGCCAAUCGCCGCCCGCCGCCCGCCGCUCUCCCCGCCGCGCCGGCCAAUCACGGCCGCCUCUCCCCGACGCCGCCGGCCAAUCGCCGCCGCACCCGCCCCCGCCCCGAGCCCCUCUGGGCGCCCCCCCCACUCCCCCCACGAAGCCCCCCACGUUGCGCCCCCCCCCCGCCCGUGGCGCGGGAUAACCGGGAUAACCGGGAUAACCGCCCCGCCGGGGCACUGCGGGUGCCCCCGAUGGCCGCGAUUCCCUCACAGGACGGGGGCGUGA